AUGAAUCGACCUACUGAACAUCGACUUCGACCUUUUGGGAGAGAGUCUAGAUUUGAAUCAUUGUACGAUGAAUACCGUCGAGCCACCAAUCCUUACUUCGUAUAUGAUUCAGAGCCAUUCAGAAGAGCUGCCCGUGAAAGAUACGAACCCGAAUUUCGACUGAGCAGAAGUUUCGAUAGAACGACCAAGAAUGGAGGGCGAAUAUUGAGUCAAGAGAGCACAGACUCUAUAUUCGACUCAAGCAGUGACUAUGAAGACGCGAGACACAAGGAUACUUUGCCUUUUGGAAAAGCCAUGAAGAAACUGCGUACUGUGAUCAAGGAGGCAGGAGUCAUUUACUCGGGAGUUCUUAAAGAGUAUGAUGCCGACGUUCAAAGCGUCAAAACUUAUACACCAGAAAGAAUCCUGAGACAACUAUGGGCUUUGAAAUUGGACAGUGUAUCGAAAAUUCCAGAACAGGCGGAAGAUUUGAAUCAACAUGCAGGAUAUGGCAAUUCAGAUCAAGAUGCCAACACCAAGAAAGUGAACGAUUCGGAAGAUACACUGUAUGAGCAACUCAAUCACCAAAUCGCACAAGUCAUGGAAGCCUUAAAGCAGGCACGUGUGUCGACCGUCGGGGAGAAAUCGAGCGCAACUGUGUUCAAAGCAUCGGAAAGAUUGAAGGAAAAGAUCGAUACCACAGGUCGGCAGAUUCUGGAGUUGUUUCAGAGAGCUAGGGAUGGAAGUCAAGACUGCGAAGCCCUUUUGGACGAAUUGAAUGGGCUGUACACUUUGCUAGAGGGCAAUAAAAAAUUGUAUGCGAAUGAGAAGGAGGGAGAAAGCGUAGAGAGUUCGGUUUCGUCAUAG